AUGGCACUUAAUGAUCAGCUGGACCCAGAAACGUGUGAACCAGAACCAGAACCAGAGAGCAGAGCUGGAUUCUUCAGAUGUUCAUGUGACAUCACACUGGAUCCAAACACAGCAAAUAAAAACCUGUUACUGUCAGAGGAGAACAGAAAAGUUGAAUUUAUGAUUCAUCCUCAGUUUUAUUCUGAUCAUCCAGACAGAUUCAUUAAUUAUUUUCAGGUUCUGAGCAGAGAGAGUCUGACUGGUCGUUGUUACUGGGAGGUGGAGUGGAGAGGAGGAGCAUCUGUAGCAGUCUCAUACAAGAAUAUCAGCAGAACAGGAAGUCAGUCUUUAUUUGGAUUUAAUGACAAAUCGUGGUGUUUACGUUGUUUUAAAGACAGUUUUGUAUUUUGGCACAACAACAUUAAAACCUCCAUCUCAGGUCCUGGUUCCUCCAGGAUCGGAGUGUACCUGGACCACAGAGCAGGUCUUCUGUCCUUCUACAGAGUCUCUGAGACCAGGACUCUCCUCCACAGAGUCCAGACCACCUUCACUCAACCGCUCUACGCUGGACUUAUGUUUGAUACAUGGUGGGGGCGUUCCAGUGCUGAAUUCUGUAAACUAGACAAAGAUCACUGA